UUAGCAUAUGGUUGGCAUCUUUGAUUGGAGGCCAUCCCACGUCUUUACGAACUAGACAGUACCAUCCCAUGAAAUUCACACAUUUAAGGUGGUUCGAUACAGUUUUUUUCUGGACCAUACCUAGCAUUUUCAAUUGGCGUUUUACAUGUACCAACCCUCCCUGUCUCUUAUCGAUGUGGAAAUUGCAUCCGUUUUUCGAAAAAAAGAUAUGAUGUUUGGUUGAAUGUGUUUUUUAAGGUAAUCAACAAUUUCAUGGAACCGAUAAACCAAAAAUAUGAAAAUCGGUGAAGCAUGAAUUUUGUACGAACCAGAUCUGUUAUAGAAAAUUCUGAAAUUACGAUAUAUGUAUGGCAAGGGGAAUAUGCAAGAAUAAAAGAAUUCUGUAUGUUUGAUUUCGAAUAAAUCGCGAAAACAUUUUAAACCAUGCUUUUUAGUGCAGAGUGCACUAUUGGGAUGGUUUAGGGGGCUGCUGUUCGGUCAGGCACUAACUUACUAAGGUACUAACACAAUAAGGUGUAAACUUUAAUGUUUGUUUAAUUAAUUAAUUUCAAUUAAUUAAUUAGCAUUGUGGUUAGGGGGUGGGGUAGGUACCUCUGUUUACCACGUAAAACGUGUCUGACUUACGUUAAUUUUGUCUGUCUCUCUCUGUGUCACGCAACGCUACCGUUGCGUUGCUCGACAGAGAGAGGGCCAGAACUAGACUAUUUUGACCGGGGAUAGCAGCUGUGUUUCAGGUAACGUCAGUUCUCCUUUUUACUGAAGAAUGCACUAUUGUACGUUGGCCCAUAGGGGACAGAACUUCAAAUUAAAAAAUGAACAAACUUGUGGAAAUUAAAGCAAUUAAUUUCAAAGAAAGUGCUGUAAAUAAGAUAUUUUAUUGCAUACAAAAUACUUUACACUAAGAAGAAAAGAAACAUCUCGCACACUAUAUACAAAAUAUAUUUUUGGACUGCGAUGGACAAAAAAAAUGGACUGCAAAGAAAAAGUGCACGCUGCAAACAAAAGAAAUGUUUGCACUGCAAAUAAAACAAAAUUCUGCACUGCAAACAAAGUAAAUGUAUGCACUUCAAGUAAAACACUUGCCCGCUGCAAAGAAAAUAAAUAGAUAAAUAGAUAAAUAAUAAAUGGCCUACUAUACACAGAAUAUUGUUCCAGUGCAAACAAAAAAGUUUUGCACACUGCGAGUGACAUAAAAAAAACCCAGGACACACUGCAAAAAAAAAUAUACUGCUCACUGCGAAUAAAAAGUCCUGCUCACAAACAAAAAUAUGAAUGUACGUGUGCGUAAGUAGACAUGAGGCCUGGGACCAAGUCCUUUCCCGCCAUAUUUCAAUUUUAUCAACAUGGCAUCCAGUGAGAACGAUUUGAGCGACGUAGAAGCUGAAAUUGAACAUAAAGAUUUGCCGCGGGGAUCAGAAAGAGAGCUUAUUGAAUAUUAUUUCAACAGAGGCCUUACGUACAGAUAUAUAACGCUGAUGUUAGGAAAGCAUCAUGGUAUAGAUAUAAAUGAACGAACAUUGAAAUGAAGGCUCAAAGACUAUGGUCUGAGAAAACGGGAUACGGUGAAUGAUGAUCUUGUUGAACGCGUAAGGGAUUUGAUUUAGCUUGAAAUUUGUACUGAUCCAGACAGCCUCAGUGGCUAUAGAACCAUGUGGCAUGUGCUGCGCCUGAGACAUAACAUUCAUGUUCCCCAACGGUUGGUUGAAUCACUUUUGAGAGAAGUUGAUCCCCGUGGAGUGGAACUGAGAAAACGUAGGUGCCUUCACCGGAGAACUUACGUGUCACCAGGAGCUAAUUUUUGUUGGCACUUAGAUGGAUAUGACAAACUUAAGCCAUUUGGCUUUUCUAUUCAUGGCUGCAUAGAUGGCUUUAGCCCGAGAAUUCUAUGGCUAGAAGUUCAAAGGUCGAACAAGAAUCCGCGGCUGAUGGCAAGAUAUUUCAUGGAUAAUGUGAGAGCAGCACAUGGAUGUCCAGCACGUGUAUACACUGAUCGUAGAACUGAAAACAGACUGAUUGCUGCAAUGCAGUGCUACUUACGCGCAGGAGGAGUUGACGAAUGUGCGGGUUCUAGAGCUCACAAAUACGUAAAAAGCGUCAGGAACCAAAGAAUUGAAGGUUACUGGUCACACUACAGAAGACAGCGGGCAAGUUGGUGGAUUGAUUUCUUCAACGACUUGCAGGAAUCUGACCUCCACGACCUCACUAGUCAGAUACACAGAGAAGCACUUUGGUAUUCCUUUGCAGAUGUCUUGCAGGAUGAUCUUGAUAAAGUAAAGGAUUACUGGAAUUCUCAUCGCAUCAGGAAGUCGAAGCAUGCUACCGUGUCAGGUGUGCCUGAUAUGAUGUACUUUCUGCCAGAAGAAUUUGGGCGAAUUGAUUGCUUGUGUCCAGUUUCAGGCAAGCUAAGGGAAAUGGAAGACACAUUGCGAGAAUUGGGUGCGGAGGAUGACAUUGACCCAAUCUGGGAGGAGUACUUUCAGUAUGUGAUGGAAAGAAAUGGUUUGUCACACCCCACAUCUGUUCUGGAGGCAGGAAAUCUAUUUCAGAAACUUGUCCAGUUUGCAAAAGGUUGAGUAACUUUUCAGGAAACAUGUGCAUUAAUGAUGUAAGGAUUUCAAUUUCCAAAACAAACAUAAAUAUUACAGUCAGUGCAACCUGUAGCUCUUCUGAGAACGCCAAGAAGUUUGCACGAAAUGUUAUUAAGAUACAGGCGAAUACCUUGAGGAUUUUUUAAUUACUACCGGUACUUGUUAUCCUAACUAAACCACUUCACUGUUGAUAUUUCUUCAUUUCACUACAGCCUUUGACACUUAUAACUCCCAUGACCAUGUGGGGAUAGACAAUGCAUGCCAGAUAUAGUGUAUGUUGAACUUUCUAGGUGUUUCUUCCAAGUAUCUUAGAGUAAUUAGCAGACAUACUGUAUGUCUUCUCCAUAACAUGCCAAUACAAAGUCAAGCAUGUGGCCCCUGAAAUCAAGUAUUUAUCUCUUAGAUAACACGGACAGGUGUGAAGAUUGGAGAGGCAAGUUGAUAUUUUAAAGUUACAGAUGAAAGAGACCUUUUUUAUAUCGGGAUUCUGUGACGCAACUUUUUCGUAGGUUCUAGCGCCUUCUUUAUCGACAAAUUUAAAGAAGUUCCAGUGUAUCAAUGCUAAUGAAACUUUGGAAUAAAAUUGUUAACAUUAUCAGGCAUACAUGGUUAACGUUUUAAAACAAAUCUAUCGAGCCGUUUUUAAGAUUUUCGAAAAAGCGCUUAAAAUCGGAAAUUGUUCAAAAUAUAUUAUGGAAGUGACGUUGAGAAAAAGUCUCGUUCUCAAGAUCAAGAAAACACAAACCAACAAAACUUUCAUGGCUUCAAAAGAUAACUUAGACACAUUUUGAUGUCUUGGAGCAAUUUCAUUAAAAUAGUGUCCUUCCUCCUUCCUUCAGUCCAUUUAAUUUCAUUAAACAAAAAGCAUGGUUUGAAAUAUUUUUGCGAUUUAUUCGAAACCAAACAUACAGAAUUCUUUUAUUCUUGCAUAUUCCCCUUGCCAUACAUCGUAAUUUCAGAAAUUGGCAUCAGAUUUUUUAUAACAGUUCUGGUUCGUACAAAAUUCAUGCUUUACCGAUUUUCAUAUUUUUGGUUUAUCGUUUCCAUGGAAAUAUCGAUAACCGUAAAAAAAUACAU